UGUGAAAAGAGCAAAAUCCAUUUUACAGGGAGAGGGACGGGGAGUGAGGGAAAGGCAGAGAGAGAGAGAGAGAGAGAGAUGGGGGGAGAUCGGAGGGUGGUAGUGGCGGCCCUGCAAUUUGCCUGCUCCGACGUCGUCUCUGAGAACGUCGAUCGAGCCGAACGAUUGGUCAGAGAUGCUCACAAAAAGGGUGCUCAAAUUGUUCUUAUUCAAGAGCUCUUUGAAGGGUAUUACUUCUGUCAGGCCCAAAAGAAAGAGUAUUUUGGGAGAGCUAAGCCAUAUGACGGUCAUCCUACAAUUCAAAGGAUGCAAAAACUUGCAAAAGAGCUUGGUGUCGUGAUACCAGUCAGUUUCUUUGAGGAGGCAAAUAAUGCUCAUUACAAUUCAAUUGCAAUAAUAGAUGCUGAUGGGACAGACCUUGGUUUGUAUAGGAAGUCACAUAUACCAGAUGGACCAGGGUAUCAAGAGAAGUUUUACUUUAACCCUGGUGACACUGGAUUCAAGGUCUUCAAGACAAAAUUUGCUAAUAUUGGGGUUGCUAUUUGUUGGGAUCAGUGGUUCCCAGAGGCAGCCAGAGCUAUGGUCCUUCAAGGUGCAGAAAUAUUAUUUUAUCCUACUGCUAUUGGUAGUGAACCCCAAGAUGAUGAUCUUGAUUCCUGUAAUCACUGGAAGCGAGUAAUGCAAGGCCAUGCUGGAGCAAAUUUGGUGCCUCUAGUAGCUUCAAAUAGAAUCGGGAAGGAGGUAAUUGAGACAGAGCAUGGACAAAGUCAGAUUACCUUCUAUGGCAACUCCUUUAUAGCGGGUCCAACUGGACAGCUUGUGGCAACAGCUAAUGACAAAGAUGAGGAUGUUGUGGUAGCUGAAUUCAACUUAGAUGAGAUAAAAUCCCAGAGACAUGGUUGGGGAAUAUUCAGGGAUCGGCGUCCAGACUUGUACAAAGUAUUGCUAUCAUUAGAUGGGCACAACAAAGGCCUUUAAGCUUCCAGAGCUCUUUUUAUAGUGAACAGGUGCAGCACCUUAAAUUUGUUCAGUACGAGGUAUAGUUGGUGGACGAACAACUCAUGGUUCAAGGAAAGAAUCAUGUUGAUAUUGCAUUAUCUUUUAUAUGUUGCAGGGAUCAAGGAGAGAGCUAACUAGUACUGCGAGACUAUUUAAAGAUGUUGAUUGCAUCAAUAAGUGGAUGACGACAGUUCUUGGCUGCUGAGGGAAAAAGCAAAAGCUGGCAUUAUAUGUGCAUCUCUUGAAUUUCCUUCCAGUAUCUGGUUGUUUGAGGUGUUUAUUUUCGUUUCAUCUUGUCCAACUUUUAUACCAGCUUAUUAUACUUUUUUAGUCCAAUGUUAAAUAAAUAUGUUCUGGAAGGCCUAAUUCCAGUAUAUAUAUUUCGAUAAAAUGUCCCGUGA